AUGCUCAGAUCAAGAGUCGGACUAGCCAGAUCCAGGCUAUUCGUCGCGAGAUCGCUGCACAGCAGCCGUUUUGCGUCACAACAGGCCGCCAGGCUUGCGAACGUGUCGUCACAGCAGUAUGAAAAGAUAUACCAGCCUGCCAAGGGCUCAUACGAGCCCUUGGACAACUUCCAAAGACGCCAUUUAGGUCCCAACCCACAGAAUGUUCAAAAUAUGUUGAAAACAAUGGGUUAUGACGAUCUCGACAAUUUCGUCUCGAAGCUGAUCCCUCCACAAGUGCUGGAAAAGAGAGCUUUGCAACUAGACGCUCCUGCCAAGGGCUUCACCGAACAGCAAAUGUUGCAACAUCUGCAACAAAUCGCGGAUAAAAACUUGCAUAAAGUGAGAAACCUGAUCGGAAAGGGCUACUACGGCACUACCCUGCCACCUGUGAUCCAGAGAAAUCUUCUAGAAUGCCCUGAGUGGUACACUUCAUACACACCUUACCAGCCUGAAAUCUCGCAAGGCCGUUUGGAGUCGCUUUUGAACUUCCAAACUGCGGUCGCCGAUCUCACAGGCUUGCCAGUGGCAAACGCUUCGCUUCUCGACGAAGGAACCGCAGCUGGUGAGUCCAUGCUACUCGCCUUCGGUGCCGCUAGACGCAAGAAAUCUACUUUUGUUGUCGAUUCUCGUGUGCACCCUCAAACUAAAGCAGUAUUGACCACUCGUGCCGAACCUUUCGGUAUUGAGCUCGUGGAGGUCGAUGUUAACGACGUGGAUGCUUGCAAAAAGGCUCUAGGCGGCAAAUCGGUUUUCGGUGGAUUGGUUCAAUACCCAGCCACAGACGGUUCCCUUCUUUCUGGACAGGUUAUGAAGUCGUUUGCCGAUGUCUUGCAUGCCAACAGCUCUCUGUUGAUUGUAGCAUCUGAUUUGAUGGCUCUAACGCUUUUGAAGCCUCCUUCUGAAUUUGGCGCGGAUGUGGUUUUCGGAUCUUCGCAAAGAUUUGGUGUCCCUCUUGGAUUCGGAGGCCCCCACGCUGCGUUCCUUUCGGUCCCCGAAAAACUCAACCGUAAGAUUCCCGGUAGAAUCGUCGGUGUUUCGAAAGAUCGUCUGGGCAAACCGGCUUUGCGUUUGGCUUUGCAAACCAGAGAACAACACAUCAAGCGUGACAAGGCUACUUCCAACAUCUGUACCGCCCAAGCUCUCUUGGCCAACAUUGCCGCCAACUACUGCGUUUACCACGGUUCCGAGGGACUAAAAGACAUCGCUCGCAGAAUCUACGGGUUUACUACAGUCUUGGCUCAAAAGAUUUCGAAAGAGUCUCCCCACACGUUGGUAAACGACACUUGGUUUGACACUUUGACCGUAAAAUUGGCCAAUGGUACCACUUCUCAAGAAUUUUUGAAAGAGGCCCUCGACAAGUAUUCGAUCAAUUUGUUUGCAGUUAACGAAGAUACCAUCUCUCUUUCGUUGGAUGAAAUCGUCACUAAAGAAGAUCUGCUCAACUUGUGUCAAUUGUUUGGAAGCUCUGCAGACCUUCCUGAAAGUUUGCCUGAAUUCCCAACCGAGCUUUUGCGUACUGAUGCCAUCCUAUCUAACGAGGUCUUCAACCAACACCACAGCGAAACUGCCAUGCUAAGAUACCUGCAUCGUCUACAAAGCCGCGAUUUGUCGCUUGCUAACUCCAUGAUCCCACUAGGUUCCUGCACAAUGAAACUGAACUCUACGGUGGAGAUGAUGCCAGUUACAUGGCCUCAGUUCGCAAACAUGCAUCCAUUCCAGCCCGUUGAACAAGCAGAAGGUUACCGUGAGCUCAUCAAAUCAUUGGAGUCUGACUUGGCUGACAUCACUGGGUUCGACGCUGUCUCUUUGCAACCAAACUCGGGCGCUCAAGGUGAAUACACUGGUCUAAGAGUUAUUAAAGCCUACUUGGAGUCCAAGGGCGAAUCGCACCGUAAAAUCUGCCUGAUCCCUGUAUCGGCCCAUGGUACCAACCCUGCCUCCGCUGUUAUGUGUGGCUUGAAAGUGGUUCCAGUCAACUGUCUACCUGACGGUUCCUUGGAUCUCAAAGAUUUGCAGGCUAAGGCCGAAAAACACGCAGACGACUUGGCUGCCAUCAUGAUCACAUACCCAUCGACAUACGGUUUGUUUGGUCCCGGUAUCAGAACAGCCAUCGACAUUGUUCACAGUCAUGGUGGUCAGGUGUACUUGGAUGGUGCCAACAUGAAUGCACAGGUAGGUUUGACCUCCCCCGGUGAUUUGGGCGCAGAUGUUUGUCAUUUGAACUUACACAAGACUUUUGCAAUUCCUCACGGUGGCGGUGGUCCUGGUGUGGGCCCCAUCUGCGUGAAGGCGCACUUGGGCCCAUACUUGCCUGGCCACGACGUGGUAGAGAUGAUGACAGGCGCUCCAAAAGAAAACCGCAUCAGCUCAGUAUCGAGUGCUCCCUAUGGCAGUGCCUCUAUUUUGCCAAUUUCGUACGCCUACAUCAAGAUGAUGGGGUCCAAGGGCUUGCCCUUCUCCUCUGUUGUGGCUAUGAUCAACGCCAACUACAUGAUGACCCGCUUGAAGUCCCACUACGACAUUAUGUUUGUCAACGAGAUGUCGAGCACCAAGCACUGCGGCCACGAGUUUAUUAUCGACCUGAGGAAAUACAAGGCCCAGGGCGUCGAAGCCAUUGAUGUGGCCAAACGUCUGCAAGAUUACGGUUUCCAUGCGCCUACGUUGGCGUUCCCAGUUCCAGGCACUCUGAUGGUGGAGCCCACAGAGUCAGAAAAUUUGGAAGAAUUAGAUCGCUUUGUCGAUGCCAUGAUUGCCAUCAAGGGCGAGAUCGAUCUACAAGUCGCUGGCGACCCCAAGGGCUCGGUGCUCAAAAACGCGCCUCACUCGUUGGAGGAUAUAAUUUCGAGUUCCGAUUGGGACGCCAGAGGAUACACCAGAGAACAGGCGGCAUACCCACUGCCCUACCUGAGAGACAACAAGUUCUGGCCUCCAGUGGCUCGUCUGGACGACACUUACGGUGACCUGAACCUUAUGUGCACGUGUCCAUCGGUUGAAGAGACCGUUGCCAAGCAAGACUGA